UACUACUAUAUGCUUAAUUCUGAUAACAUGGUAUCAGAGCAUUAGGAAAGAUUUAGUUCCUUUUUCUUUUAAAUUUCAGCUUAGUUUUUCAGACUGAGUUCUUUCUCAAAGAAACCUGAUUUCAGCUCAGACUCUCCAGAACCUCUAGGCACCAUUCUGUCUCCCAGAAACUCACUCCAGGACAGAUUUUUUUUUUUUAGCCCCCCUCUAUUCAGAACCUUUGUGCAGACCAUAUUCCCCAUCUGUGCCAGGUGCUCGCAGUCUGCAGUUCCAAAUCAGCACCCAAGUCAGACGUGCCUCUGGAUUUUUAUUCCAGCCCAAAACGGGCUGCUGUAAGUUUUCAUUAAAUUAAAUAUCUCAAUUUUGAAUUUUAUUACAGUUUCAAAAAAAAAAAAAAAGAAAAGAAAAAGAAAAAAAAAAAAAAAAUGCCUGGUUCUGACACCUCCACUGUAACACAAAGUCAGCCUUUGAUAGUUUCUGAAGUUAUUCCCAUUAAUUUUAAAAUUACUGAGAAUAAACUUUGUGGCUCUAAUUAUCUUGAAUGGAGUAAAACUAUCAAACGCUAUUUAAGGAGCAUUGAUAAAUAUACUCACUUAGUUGAUGACCCGCCAAAGGAGGAGGUUGAUAGAGUUGCUAAUACUGCCUGGCUUCGUGACGAUUCUAGAUUAUUUAUCCAAAUUCAAAACUCAAUGGAGAAUGAGGUAAUGGGGUAUGUUAGUCAUUGCGAUACUGUGAAAGAAUUGUUUGAUUAUUUGGAAUUUAUGUACUCUGGAAAAGGUAAUCUUAACCACAUCUAUGAGGUGUGCAAAGCCUUUUACAGAGCGGAAAUGAAAGAUAAGCCUCUCACGGCUUAUUUUAUGGAUUUCAAGAAAACCUAUGAAGAGCUGAAUACAUUAAUGCCAUUUAGUCCUGAUAUCAAAGUGCAGCAAAAACAAAGAGAACAAAUGGCAGUGAUGAGUUUUUUGGCUGGUCUAACAUCUGAAUUUGAAACAGCCAAAUCACAUAUCUUAUCUAGUGAUGAGGUCUCUUCUCUUCAAGAAUCUUUCACUAGAGUGCUUCGCACCGAUACUUCAUCCACGCCAGUAGCACCUCAGUCAAACAGUGCAUUUGUAGGGCAAGUUCCAACGUUUACCCAAGGAGGUGAGAAAUGGCCACGUACUGGUCCAUCUGGCAAAGGCAUAGUAUGCAACUACUGUAAGAAGCCUGGACACUUGAUCAAAGAUUGUAGAAAAUUAAAAUUCAAAAAUCAAGGAAAUCAAGUUGCUCACAUUGCUUCCGCUACAAAGUCUUCUGAUGGAUCAAUCAGUAUGUCUUCUGAGGAAUACGCCAAAUUUCUUUGCUACCAAGAGACUCUAAAGCAUUCAUCUACUCCUAUCUCAGCUGUCGCUAAUUCAGGUAAUCCAAACACAUGUCUUGUUUCUUCAUCCUCAAAAUGGGUCAUCGACUCAGGAGCAACCGAUCAUAUGACAGGAUCUGUUGACGAAUCAGAUUAUUGGUAAAGGAUAUGAGUCGGCUGGUCUCUAUCUUUUGGACACAUCCUUACCUAAAACCAUCUCCUGUCUUGGGGUUGGAUCUGUGUUAGAGGCUCACUAUCGACUAGGACAUCCAUCUCUCCCUUUGUUGAAGAAAAUUCAUCCUCAAUUUAAUAAGGUGUCGUCUUUACAGUGUGAUUCGUGUCAAUUUGCAAAACAUCAUCGUACUAGUUUAAGCCCUCGAGUCAAUAAACGAGCACAUGCUCCUUUUGAACUUGUUCAUUCUGAUGUUUGGGGAGCUUGCCCCGUUGUGUCUAAAAUUGGCUUUAAAUAUUUUGUUACCUUUGUUGAUGAUUACUCUCGUAUGACUUGGAUUUACUUUAUGAAACGGCGUUCUGAGUUGUUUUCUCAUUUUUGUGCCUUUUGUGCUGAAAUAAAAACUCAAUUUAAUGUUCCUGUUCGUGUUUUAAGAGGAGACAAUGCUCAAGAGUAUUUGUCUGCCUCGUUUAAGUUGUAUAUGGCUCAACAUGGCAUAAUUCAUCAAACUUCAUGUGUAGACACGCCUCCUCAAAAUGGUGUGGCUGAACGAAAGAACAGACAUCUUUUAGAAACUGCGCGUGCGCUUCUUUUCCAAAUGAAUGUGCCUAAACAUUUUUGGGCGGAUGCUGUGUCUACCGCAUGUUUUUUGAUCAAUCGAAUGCCAUCUACUGUUUUGGACGGUAAAACUCCGUAUCAAUGCCUAUUUCCAAAUAAUGAACUUUUUCCUAUACCGCCUAAAAUAUUUGGUUGCACUUGUUUUGUUCGCAAUGUUAAUCCUCAUUUAACAAAGUUAGAUCCCAAGUCAUUAAAGUGCAUUUUCUUAGGUUAUUCUCGAGUUCAAAAGGGGUACAGAUGUUUUUGUCCAAGUACAGGUCGAUAUAUUGUUUCGAUUGAUGUCUCAUUUUAUGAGAAUACACCUUAUUCAUCUCCAGAGGCAGAUAUUUGUAGGGAGAAUGAUGAUAUACUCAUUUACACAGUCACCAUACCUGAGUCCACUGCUUCGGAAAUUACUCCACAUCCUACUGUUUCCGACCCCAGGCCUCCAGUACAAUUGGUAUACACACGUCGACACAAAGCACCAGAUCUUCCCCCGCCUGUGAUUCCUUAUCCUGAUAUUGAUCCGAUCUCGACCUCAUGUCCUGAACCAAUAACUGCAUCUCCAGAUCCUGUCUGUACAUUAGAUCUUGACCUCCCGAUAGCACUGCGCAAAGGUACACGAUCUUGUACUCAUCCUAUUUCUUCUUUUGUGUCGUACAGUCAGUUAUCAUCUACCUCAUGCUCUUUUAUUGCCUCCAUUGAUUCUAUUUCUAUUCCCAAAUCUGUUAAAGAAGCUUUGGCUCAUCCGGAAUGGCGUCUUGCCAUGAUAGAAGAAAUGAAUGCUUUGGAUCUUAAUGGUACAUGGGAUUUGGUAUACUUGCCUACAGGGAAGAAAUCUAUUGGAUGUAAGUGGGUCUUUGCUGUGAAGGUCAAUCCAGAUGGAUCUAUUGCUCGGUUGAAAGCUCGAUUAGUUGCGAAGGGUUAUGCUCAAACCUACGGUGUAGAUUAUUCUGACACUUUUUCACCUGUUGCUAAAUUAACAUCUGUCAGGUUACUUAUUUCACUCGCAGCAACUCAUGGUUGGCACUUGCAUCAGUUAGACAUUAAAAAUGCAUUCUUGCAUGGUGACCUUCAGGAGGAAGUUUAUAUCGAGCAACCUCCAGGGUUUGUUGCUCAGGGGGAGUAUGGGAAAGUUUGUCGACUUCGCAAGUCUCUUUAUGGUUUGAAACAAAGUCCGCGUGCAUGGUUUGGGAAAUUCAGUCAAACAAUUGAACAGUUUGGAAUGAAAAAAGGACAAUCAGAUCACUCUGUCUUUUACAGACAAACGCAAGCAGGUAUCACAUUGCUUGUGGUGUAUGUUGAUGAUAUUGUGAUUACAGGGAGUGAUAAUGCAGGUAUCUUGGCCCUAAAGAAUUUUCUGCACAGCCAAUUCCAGACGAAAGAUCUUGGCUCAUUGAAAUAUUUUUUGGGAAUUGAGGUAACACGAAGUAAGAAAGGCAUAUUUCUAUCUCAACGAAAAUAUGUACUUGACUUACUAGCUGAGACCGGGAAAUUAGGGGCAAAACCAAGUACAACACCCAUGGUUCCCAACGUUCAACUCACUCAAGAAGGCACACCGUUUGAAGACCCAGAAAGAUAUAGAAGACUGGUUGGAAAGCUUAAUUAUCUCGCAGUCACUCGCCCAGAUAUUGCGUAUUCUGUGAGUGUAGUGAGUCAAUACAUGUCAUCCCCAACCAUUGAUCAUUGGGCUGCUGUAGAACACAUAUUAUGUUACUUAAAGGGUGCACCAGGACGAGGUAUUGUUUAUCAAAACCAUGAUCACAUGAGAAUAGAGUGUUUUGCAGAUGCUGAUUGGGUCGGUUCUAAAGAUGAUCGAAGAUCUACAUCUGGUUAUUGCGUCUUUGUUGGUGGUAAUCUUGUAUCUUGGAAGAGUAAGAAAUAGAAUGUGGUUUCUCGUUCGAGUGCUGAAUCAGAAUAUCGAGCUAUGGCACAAUCUGCAUGUGAGAUCAUAUGGAUAAGCCAUUUAUUGACUGAACUCGGAUUGAAGACAUCAAUGCCUGCUAAAUUGUGGUGUGAUAACCAAGCUGCUAUACACAUAGCAAACAAUCCCGUAUUUCACGAGAGAACAAAGCAUAUUGAAGUUGAUUGUCAUUUUAUUCGAGAGAAGAUACAAAAAGGAUUGAUCUCUACCGAAUAUGUGAAGACUGGAGAACAACUUGGAGAUUUAUUCACCAAAGCUCUAAAUGGGAUUCGUGUUGAUUACUUAUGUAACAAGUUGGGCAUGAUAAAUAUCUAUGCUCCAACUUGAGGGGGAGUGUGAAAGAAUUAUUGUAUAUAAGAAUAUGCUUUAGGAAUAUACUCUAGACAUUAUUAUAGUAUAGCAUCUUAUGUAGGAAUAUUCUAUAUAAGAAUAUGCUUUAGGAAUAUACUCUAGACAUUAUUAUAGUAUAGCAUCUUAUGUAGGAAUAUUCCUUCUUUGUAACCUAUAUAUAGGGUCUUAACCCUCUUAUAUUAAACACACAAAAUUCUUCCAUUCUCAUUACUACUAUAUGCUUAAUUAUGAUAACACACGGAAAAAAGACAACGCUUCUUUGCAUCUGUGGUUCUGUGCAGAACCAGCUAUCAAUACAGUCCAGGAAACAACGUUCUUCUCUGGCAUCUCGUGGAAAAUGAGGGAUGCCUCGUUGAAAUUCCCACAUCUAAAAUACCCAGAGAUCAGUGAAUUCCAAGCCACCGGAGUUCUUUUAGUCAUUUCUUCAAACACCUUACUCGCACUAACAGUUCCAUGUUGUCUACUAACGACUGAGUAGAAGUUCACUAAAUUCGUUUGAACAAACGCGUCAGAAAAGUACCCCUUUUUCAAUAUCUUGCCGUGAACUUGCCCGCCUUCACACAUCAACACCCCUUUUGCACAACUGUUGAUUACAUAUGAGUACGUAUACCCAUCGGGUAAAGCAGUGGUUUUUUCCAUUUUCCGGAAAUACAGAACAGAUAGCCGUGGCUGAUCGCCACUGGUGUGACCUCUGAUGAUUUGAUUCCAAAGAAUGGUGCUUGGGUUUCAGACCCAUUCGAAUACUUGGGUGGCAUAUGACAGUCUUUGGAAGAUUAUGCAGAAUGUUAGGAGCUUCCCAAGAAUGAAGUUUUUCUGGGUUAGCCCGGUGGUAAUGAUUUGAGCAUGGAUCUGGGUAAGCUGCUGGAUGGUUUUGCAGUUCUCUAAGAGGUAAAAGAGAUGCUGUUGACGCGCUCUUGAACCGCUGUGGUUGGAGGGAAAGGAUAGCUCAACUAACAUUCAAUUUUUUGGGGAAUAAACCUCAGACCGCUCUUCUUUUCAACGAACACACACACAUUCAGCACAAAGCAUAAAAACUUAAUGAGAUAAUUACAUAUUCACCAUUUUAAGGUCAUAUUAAACUCCUUAUCAUAUUCCAUUUAUAUAGAGAGUAUAGUUUUAAUAGUACUUCGUAGCAAAUAUCAUCCCUUAGCUUAAUCAAUUAAAAUGCAUACGAUAUAAUCAUUUCAUACAUCAACAAUGAACUAUUGAAAUAUGUAAAGAUAAUGAUAAUAAAAACACUUUGAAAAAAAUUCAAUCAUUGGCUUGGAUCCUACAAAUCUGUAUGCAUCGUUGUCAUGGGUGGAGCUAGAGAGGGGUCAGCUUAGAUCCUAGACCACCACAAAUUUAAAAGAAGUUUUCGUCUUCUAUGUAAAAAGUUUCGUGUAAAUUUUUCCAUAAACCUUAUAAGACCCUCAUUUAACAGGCAAUGGUGCUACAAAUACUAAAUGUAAGUAUGUAGUGACUAGUUGUGCAGUAUUAACUAUGAAGCCACAUUGAGACAUUGCCAUUGUAGCUAGUUGUGCACUAACAAGACAUAUUAUAUUGUUAUGGCUACCUUUAUUGUAUUGAGAAUUUACAGUUAGUUAAUAUAGCGCAAUAGUGAAAGUCACUACAAGUAAUAAAAGGGCUGUAGAUUUGUAGUGUAUAUGCAAUAUUGUUUUUGGGUCUAUUAUUUGAAAUUAUUUGAAAUCGCAAAUAAUGAAAUUAUAAAAUCACUACCAUUAUACUUCGUAUUCUCUAGUGUAUUCUACCAUCAGCUGAUUCUAUCUACAUUUCGACCUAACUCGAACUUUAUAUAGAGACUUUUGUAGUCUUGUACAUUGCCUGUUUUAUGAAUUACAUCGUAUUACUCAAUUUAAAGAAAAUGAACAAAUGUCGGGGAACUAAUAUCAGUCCAUAUUGAAAGCAAACAAUUCAGCUUUCAAAAAAAAAAAUCUAGUACAUGCAUUGCUCAAUUGAAAAGGGAUUUUAUCCUCAAAUUUAGUUUUGAUAUGGUAGUGCUUUUUGGCUUCCAGAUUCACUACUCUCAUUUGGAAGUGGCUUAUCUGUUUAAGUAAUCCUAACUUAAACAAUUGGAAUAUAAUGGGGCGGAGCUAGGGCACUGGACCGGCCUGGGCCGAUACAAAGAAUAUUUUUGGAAAAUAUUUUUCACGCAAUUUUUUACACUAAAAAUUUAGACAAUUUUAAAAUUUGGGCUGGGCCAGGGCCAGGAUUGGCCCUCCCCUAACUCCGCCCCUGGAAAUAUUUUAAGGGAUAUGUAGUAAAUAUUGUAGGUGGGUUCUAUCAUCAGAUAGCAGAGGUGCUUUUGGUUUCAUUGUUAUGGACUCUAUUUUUCAGUGGGGCUUUUUCUCUGAAUAAUAAUUUUAAUUAUGCUGUUUCUUUAGAAUUUUACUUUCAUUGUAUUAGCGUUAUACUGCUUUUUAAAACUCUUUUAAUAUUUUUUUCGUUAAAAAAGGGAACAAAUAUUAUAAAUAUUCCCAAAAAAUGAACAAGUAUAACUGGUCACACAAUAAUCUAGCUACAAAAGUAUUUAUUAAGCCAACUAUUUAUCAAGUCAACAUUGGUAAUCGUUAAAUAAUUUCAUAGUCAUUGCGUUCAAUAUUUUUUAUACAUGAAUAUAAAGUAGAUAAAGUUACCCUUCACCUAUAUUGCGGUUUAUGAAAGUCAAAACAAAAAAAUC